ACGAGACAACCCCACGUGACGUGACGUCAGACGUAUUUUGGUAAGACACCAGGAAGAGCUGAGAGCGACAACGACGACGAAAGUAGACCGAAACCGGAGAACCGAGAGCGAGCGACCGAGCACCAAUCCGCCUUCACUCGACGCGACAGUUUUGAACACGCUUCGUCGGGAAAGCAAGUGCGCGACGGACGAAUGCCCAGCAUGGAUAAGCAUCUUUUCAAUUUAAAAUUUGCCGCCAAACAACUUGAAAGAAACUCCAAGAAAUGCGACAAAGAGGAGAAAUCGGAAAAGGCCAAAGUUAAGAAAGCCAUCCAGAAGGGCAACAUGGACGUGGCGAGGAUCCACGCCGAGAACGCCAUCAGACAGAAGAACCAGUCUGUGACCUACUUGAGGAUGAGCGCUCGAGUGGACGCGGUGGCCGCCAGGGUCCAAACAGCUGUCACGAUGAACCAGGUGACGAAAUCGAUGGCUGGGGUGGUGAAAGGCAUGGAUGUCACUCUCAAGUCCAUGAAUUUGGAGAAGAUUUCCUCCCUGAUGGACAAGUUUGAGCGGCAGUUCGAGACGCUGGAUGUGCAAACGGCGCAGAUGGAGGACACCAUGAGCAGCUCCACGACGCUGACCACCCCGCAGAACCAAGUCGAUUCGCUGUUGCACGAGAUGGCGGACGAAGCAGGGUUGGACCUGAACAUGGAGCUCCCCCAGGGACAGACGGGAUCGGUCGGCACCAGCGUGGCAUCGGCGGAGCAGGACGAACUGUCUCAACGGUUGGCCAAACUGCGAGAACAGAUGUAAACGGACGAUGCGACGGCGACGCGCCGCAGAGACGGCGACGUGCUCCAACUUUAGCGGAACGCGACUUCCACCGUAGCGCUCCUCUCUCUCUCUCUCUCUCUCGUCUUCACGUUGCUUCUUCUCUCUGCUGUUUUUGCCUCUCUAACAACAAUUAACUUAAAGAAAGCAAUCGUAAUUCUUCUUGAUGGGGCGCGGUGACGGCGGGAAAGUACGGCAAACGAUUCCGAUCAAGUCACGCGGUCUUUCUUUGCCGUACGCUUUGCUCCGUGAAGCUCUUUUGUUCUUCAUGUUGUAUAACCUGUUGUUCUUGUACUGGCCUGUCAAAGAUAUCGCAUCUCUUUACUGGUGACAACUUGUGUGCUAAUCUACUCAUCGUUUGGUUUGUGUUUACACUUUGCAGAUUAAUAAACUUUUAUAAUAAUA